AUGAAAUGCAAAAUAUAUGCAUUUUUAAUAUUGUUUAUAUUGAUUGGAUAUGUAUAUUGUGCUGAUCAACCAAAUGAUCAAUCGAAAGAUGUUAAAGGAAUAGGGUCUGUGGAUUGUGAUUCUGAUCAGGAAGAAGAUAAUUUUCAAGUAACUGAACUAACUGAAAUAUCUAAAGAUGAUCAACGGCAAGAUGAUAUUCUCCAAAAUUCUAAUGAAAUAAUUAUUGGGGAAGAAGAAAUACCUGUACCAUUAGAAGAACUAAUUUUACCAUUCCAAGAACAAACUGUACAGCCUACAAUUGUACCAUUAGAAGAACUAGAAACUGUACCAUUAGAAGAACUAGAAACUGUACCAUUAGAAGAACUAGAAACUGUACCAUUAGAAGAACUAGAAACUGUACCAUUAGAAGAACCUGAAGUUGAUAUAUUAGAAGAACCUAUGCACUUAUCAUAUUAUUAUCAAUUUCUAACUGAUUAUCAAGAACAUCAACCUCAACAAGGUACAGAUUAUUACGGGCCUAAUCAACCUUUCCCACCUGUACAACAACAAGGACAAUUUACUCAAGGACAAGGUGAUCAAGGUCAGGGUUAUUUUCUAUCAAUGCUACAAGAACAAGAUCAAUCUCCACAACCUGUACAAGAGCUACAACCAGAACCAGAAACUCAAUUUAUUGAAUUAAAACCAAUACAACUACAAAUUCCAAAACCUGUACAACAACCCGUACAACCAAUUCAAGAUCAAUCUCCUCAACCAGAAACAGAAACUCAACCUCAAUUUACUCAACCUUAUGUGCCAGAACCUACACCACCUACUCAACCUAUACCACCACCAGGUUAUAUUGUUUUACAACGUAUACCACUACACAUACUAAAACGAAUAUCACAACAAACAGAACCAACACAACCUACUACUCAACUAACUACAGAACCAGAACAGUUACAUCCAGAAACUAUUCCAGUAGAGAUUGGAUCAGAUGAAGAUGAAGAUGAAGAACCUCCAGAACCUCCUAGUGGACCUGAAGACGGAGAUCAACCAGCAGAUAAACCUGAUGAAGAUGAAGAGGACGAAGAGGACGAAGAGGAAGAGGAAGAGGAAGAGGAAGAGGAAGAGGAGGAUGAAGAAGAAGAUAGCGAUAAAUCAUCAAAAAAAUCAAAAGAUGAACAUAAAUCUAGAAUACAUAAAAUUUAUCACACAAGAUCUAAUUCAAUUAUUUUAAUAAAGAAGAAUAAAAAAGGGAAGCUAAUUCCAAUGACAAAGCGUGAUUAUAAAUGGAUAUAUUGUGAAAAGGGCCAUAAAACAUAUAAGCUGUUAGCAAAUCUUGAACAAAUAUUUUGUGAUAACGAGAUGGUUUAUCAACAUAAGCCUGGUACGCCUUACGCAAAGAAAAUAACUACUAAUAAUAUUUAUUUUGGAUUUGUUAUUGAAUGUGAUAAUGUAUUUACCCUAAUUAAGCAAUAUAAAGGAAAGUGGAUUAUGAUAGAAAGCUUAGCUCCAGACUAUAUAAAAAUUUUCAAAAUAAGUUCAUCUGGAAAUGAGGUUUUAUUAACUGAAAAUGAAUAUCAUAUUACCUUAAGUGGUGCAGAAUCAUUUAGAUAUACGUUUUCCCGAGGAGUUAAAUGUUGUAAAUUUAUGGUUAGAGACAUGAUUGCAUGGGAAAAAACUAAUGAAAAAGAAGAUCCAUUAUUUAUAAAUAUAAACGGUAGACUAAAUGUUACUGUUACAUUCAAAAGUUAUUUUUGUGUUUAUAUAAAAAAAAUUAAUAAAUAUGAGCAAAGUAAAUUACGCUCAAGAAAAAAAGAAUUUUAUUAA